AUGGCUCUCAACCGCCUCCCAGAAGAGUUAUCAGUCAUGAUCGCAGAGCAGCUCGACGAAGCCAGUGAUAUCAACUCCUUCGCACAGUCCAACCGACUCAUCUACCCAGUCGUCAACCACCUCCUCUACACAAACAACAUCCACAGGGCCAAGGCCUCUGCACUAAGCUGGGGCGCAAAGCACAACAGCUUGGGCACAAUAGAGAUCAGCAUGUCCAUGGGAGCCGCAGUCUACAAGAGAUGGGAAACCGCUCCCCUAGCGCACGCCGCUAGAGCAGGCCACGCCGCGGCAGUGGAGCUCCUUUUAUCGCACGGGGCAAACCCCGACAGCAAAGACAGUGAAACCGACCAAACGCCCCUGUACAUCGCUUCGGAGUACGGCUAUCCCGCAGUUUGUGAGAAGCUACUUGCCGCGGGGGCGGAUGUUAGCUCCCGCAAUCAACGAACAGAUCAGUACACGUGCGAUCAGACGCCGCUGCACACUGCAGCCUUACACGGCAACGUUCUCGUGGCGCAGCUACUUAUCAACCACGGUGCAGACAUAAAUGCCCCAAAUGACAAGGGAUGGGUGCCGCUGCGAGAGAGCCUCCGAUGCGAAGACCCCGAGCUCCAGCCCCGCAUGGUCCGCCUGCUGCUGGACGCGGGGGCCCCCGUCGACGGACACCCUGACCAUCCCCGCGUGACGCCCUUGCUACUUGCCACUAUAAGAUUCGAUGACGAGAGCGUCAAGACACUCCUCGAGGCAGGUGCCGAUCCCAACGCCCGCGACUGGAACAACGGGACAGCGCUCAUCGACUCCGUCAUCGGGUAUCGACGAGACUCAGUCCGUCUAUUACUCGAAUACGGAGCCGACGUUGACGCAAGGGCUGACUACGGUGGACGGCCCCUGUAUCUUGCCGCGCGAUACGGUGACCUUGAAAUAACUUCCCUUCUGCUGGAUUAUGGCGCCGAUAUAGACUUGCCUGCUACCUCCAACGAGCCGGCACUGCACGUGGCAGCGCUUCGAAACGAGCUGGAGACCGUGCGGCUGCUCUUGCAAAGGGGGGCUAACGCUGAAAGCCUGCGGCCUUACGGCUCUUCAGGAUUCACCGCUUUAUUUCUGGUGGCGCGGUGCAAUUUUAUAGACGUGGCGCGGGUUUUGUUGGAGUAUGGGGCGAAUCCGCUUGCUGUGUCUCCGCUUGGCAGCACGCCCUUGGACGCGGCGAAAGAAGAAGGUCAUGAUGAGAUGGUUUCACUUUUCCAUGAGCAUGUGCGCAUGCGAGGUAUGCUGGCGGAAGGGAAUGAUGCCCACAGCAUGUCCACGUGA